GUUUAUUCAAUCGUUCCUUAUCCCUUUACAGCAUCACCUUUCAUCGCCUCGGCCAGCCGCCAUGAUUGUCUUCUACCUCCUGCUUUUUGUUGCAACCUUUUAUGUGCUCCUCAAGCACUUCCUUUCAAAGAUUCAAAACUUUCCGCCGAGCCCUUUCCCCACCCUCCCCGUCAUCGGUCAUCUCUACCUUCUAAAGAAACCUCUCCACCGCACUCUAACCACCAUAUCAAACCGCUACGGUCCCGUAGUUCUUCUCAACUUUGGCUAUAGACCCAUCCUCAUCGUCUCUUCCCCGUCCGCAGCAGAGGAAUGCUUCACCAGAAACGACAUCAUCUUUGCGAACCGCCCACGCCUGCUCAUUGGAAAAUACGCCGGCUACAACUACACCACCCUAACUUGGUCCUCCUACGGCGACCACUGGCGAAAUCUCCGCCGAAUCUCGUCCCUCGAAAUUCUCUCCUCCCAGCGUAUCCAAACGCUGUCCCAUAUACGCAUUGAUGAGGUUCGUUCGCUCAUAUCCCGGCUUUUACGUACUGAUCAGAAGCAGGCGGUCGAUAUGAAAUCGACGUUCUUUGAACUGACACUUAAUGUAAUCAUGAGGAUGAUUGCUGGGAAGCGGUAUUGUGGGGACAGGGUGGAGGAAGCAGAAGAAGCCAGCAAGUUUCGGGAGAUGGUUGCCGAAAACUUUCGAUUGGGUUCUGUAUCGAAUAUCGAAGAUUUCUUGCCGAUGUUGAGGUGGGCAGGAAAUGGAGUGGUGAAGAGAUUGAUUAAAUUGCAGCAAAAGAGAGAUAGUUUGAUGCAGAGCUUGAUAGAGGAACAUAGAAGAAUGAGAUCAUGCGGUGCAGAGAAUUAUACGAAGAAUAAGAAGAACAAGACGAUGAUUGAAGUUUUGCUAGACUUGCAAGAAUCGCAACCUGAAUACUACAAGGAUGAGAUUAUCAGAGGCAUCAUGUUGGUCAUAAUAGCAGGUGGAACCGACACUACAUCGUCAACCAUGGAAUGGGCAAUGUCCCUUUUGCUCAACAAUACUCAUGUUAAAAAGAAAGUGCAGACAGAAAUCGACACUGUUGUGGGACAUGAUCGCCUGAUUGAUGAAUCCGAUUUACCUAAGCUCCCAUAUCUUCAUUGCAUUAUAAACGAAACGUUGCGAAUGUAUCCGCCAGGCCCAUUGCUUAUACCGCACGAGUCUUCGGAGGAUUGCCAACUGGGUGGCUUUCAUGUCCAACGGGGCACUACGAUAUUGGUGAAUAUGUGGGCCAUACAUCGUGACCCUAACAUUUGGGAGGACCCCACGAGUUUCAGGCCAGAGAGAUUUGAAGGUUGUGAAGGGAUAAAAGAUGGGUUGAAGUUCAGAUUCUUGCCUUUUGGGUCGGGGAGGAGGGGCUGUCCUGGGGAGAACUUGGCCAUGCGCAUGGUUGGCUUGGCUUUGGGUUCACUGCUACAGUGCUUUGAAUGGAAGAAGAUUGGUGAGGAAAUGGUGGAAAUGAGGGAACAGGAUACUGGUCUGACCCUGACCAAGGCUCAACCAUUGAAAGCUUAUUGUCGCCCACGUCCAUCCAACCUCAACCUUCUUUCACAAGUUUGAAUUUCACUUCAGCAUCAAUAGUUAUCGAACUUUUCGCUAGAUUCCGCCGAUCAUUGCAAGUGAAUAAUUCAUAUAAAUUCUAAAUAGAUAAGUUUUGUAUUAUAUUUUGUAGAUUUGAUUUAUUAUAACCCUCUUUCCAAUGCAUCUAUUAUGGUGUUCUUGGUGUCAUGUAUAAAUUUUUAAAUUUAUUUUUUCUUUUCACUUAUCA